GUCCAUCUUGUCUUUUUGCCCUCUCAUCCACUAUCCUCUUAUCCACUCAUCCAUAUCGCCCGCAUGUCGCUCUUCGGCCAGAUCAAGCGGCACAACCCUGCAAAACCACGCCGCUCACCCCUCCCCACCUCAGCAUGGGACGACGACCGCCGCUUCGGCCUCUCUGGCCCCUCUGCAUAUUCUAGAUGGUUCACCACCCUUUACAUCCCCCUCCGCCUUCCUUUUGGCCACCCAUCCGACUCUCACUCCCUCUCCUCGGGCUCAUCCCUAGGAUCCCCAAGACCCUAUCACGCAAAGCCCAGAACUCGCCAUCUCAAAGUCUACCUUCCCAUUCCACCUCGCCUCUACGCCCGUAUUCCGCGCCUCAAUUCUCCCAUUCGUGUCCUUUUGCUACUCGUCUUCAGUGUAGUCGUGGGCUUCUUCCUUCUUGGGUUCAGAAAAACAAGACAGGGUGAAAGAACGUGGUCUCCUCCGUUUGUGGACCCAGAUACAAUGGUCAUUACACCGGAAGAGGCAGCGAUGGUAUGGGAAUGGGAGAUCUUGAGUGGGCACUAUCCGAGUAUCGAACAUCCUCCCGACCAUCUCCCGCUUUAUCCCUCCCUCAAAAACCCUGUCGUACCCGCGACACUCCUCCCUUCCCCAUCGUCCCCAACCCCUUUAGUCGCAUAUCAAAACCGUGCAGACAAAUUCCCUUCCGCCCAUUUGGCUGGAAACGGCCCCGAGCGACAUUAUCUGUCUGUAUGGGAUAUGCGAGAAAGUCAGCCUGGAUUCCCGGCAAGGCCUAUGCCGGGGUCCAUCUUGGAUCUGGACUUAGUGUUGGAAAAGUGCGAUCUUGGCACCAACAAGUACGUGCGAGAUUGUUUGGAAUUCCUGAGGAUUGGAGGAGGUCUUGACAUCGGCAAACGGGUGCGAAGAGGCAACUAUUUGACUCAGUAUAAACAGCUCUAUUAUGAGGAAUCCACUCCUUCCCAAUCUCUCUCCAUGAUGCCUCGCAACCUUAAGCAAUCGACCGGCCGAUCCAAAACCCCUCUUAUCCUUCCCGAUCCCUACGAUAUCCCAGCAAGUUUCGACUCCCGUGACGCUUGUGAUCCUUUGCACCCCAGGAUAUUCCACAUAUUCUGGACAGGACCGUUCACAGAUAAGCCAUACAUGGCUGUCAUGUCCUUCCUCUUUACUCAGAACCUUGGGCUCGACAAGCCAGUGGAUGCAGUGUCUGAUACUGCAAGCGUCGUUCGCGGGACUUGUCGACCUCAACUCUGGUUGUGGAUCAACCCUGGUCCUGCUGCUGCCGUACCCAAUCCUUCAGCUAAAAGAGAAAUGUACGAGCAGUUGGCUACAAACCCAUGGUCUGCGCCUUUCUUGCAUGACAGAUUUAGGGACGUUGUCAAAUUCAAGAUGUGGAACACCACUGAACAGCUGGAUGGUGUGGCUGAACUUAAGGAUCACUGGCGAAAAAUGCCCAUCUUCAACUCGGGCGGAAAUACGUAUGGCGAUCCAAUGGGAAAGACCGAGGACGAAGUCAAUGAAGAAAUCGAAGACGAAUCAGGCAAAACUGCCUCUCCCAAAAAGAAGGGUGGCCUUUUCGAAAAAGUUGGCUCCUCCUCAGAAUCGGACUAUGACCGUUUGUCCGUCAUCCUCUCCGACAUGGCACGAUUUAUCGUAACUCAUAGAUUUGGCGGUAUCUAUCUCGACGCUGAUACCAUCUUCCUUCGUGAUUGGGAAGAACUGUGGAACUACCGAGGCCAGUUUGCCUACCGCUGGUCAUGGCACGAAAAAUACAACACUGCAGUACUCAAGCUCCACAAAGGCUCCGCUCUCAGCACGUUCUUGUUCAAGACGGCUUUGGAGAACGGACUAGAUUUCCACCCCAUGACGGUAUCGAGGUAUCUGAAAGAUGCCGGAUUGGAAAAGCUUCUAUUCAGAGUGCCCGAUGCGUUGUUUGACCCGGCUUGGUUGAACAUGGAAAGAUACCAAAGAGAUAGGCCGCCGUUCCCGUACUUCCCAGAAUUCUCCGUCUUCUUCUCCAAUGACAAGUUUGACACCGCUGGUCCUCAGCCAUUAGGGUUCGAUGGGUUUUUCAGGGGUGCAUUCUCCUAUCACUUCCAUAAUUUCUGGUGGCUGCCCUUUGACCCCUCGCGCAACUUUCCAGAUCUCGGUCAUCGAUUCAUCAAAGGCGAAAGAGCUUUGCGUGAUGCCGCGCGUUCUUCAUCCUCCGACCAAGCUUCCCACCUUGUCGGUGACGAUGUCGAGCCUCGCAGUGUCCUCGAUCCUAGUCAAGAGGGCGUUGAAGGUGACGGUGAUGUCACGAGCAGGGAGGACAUGGAUGAUGAGCUUGAUUUGAGUUGGUCAACUGUACUCAAGAGGAGCUUUGAAGGAUUUUUGAGGGGAGAGAGGCCAAAUGCUUAUGGGGAAUGGCUGGAAUGGGGGGAUUAGGUACAGGAACUUGAGCAAUUUGGAUGAAGGUCGUGCAGGGGGGUGGGGGGGGCAUCAGGUUUGGAUGAACGAUAGACUGGACGACAUACCUAUACCUUGAAACUCUUGAAGAUACCCCGAAAAGGCUUUGGAGAUUUUUUUUCUUGCGGCUACAAAGUGCUAUAGCAGUGCAGCUCGAGUGUUUUUAAUUUUCCUUUAUCAUGCCGCCAUCAUCAUUUUCAACUUCCGUUCAUUAUUAUUAUCUUGCUUAUUAUACUAUAACAAUACUACAAUACAAGCAGGUCAAAUAGCAUCGUCUACGUCAACAAGGCCGCUGCUCAAAAAAAUGUUGUUUUAUCUUUUGUCUACUCUACUUUGCCAAUUCAAUAUCGUUGCGAGCAGACGGAGGGUGUACGUCGAGUGCCUCUAGGUAUUUAGGGGGUGAAAACAAUAAUACGAAAUCCAUUAAAAUCCCUUCUUUUGAAAAAGCCUUAUAUAAAGUCAGGCCAAAUUAUUAUAGUGCCCUGCAUAAAUGAUAACAUACCACCACCUUUUGUAUGAUGUUCCUUGAUGCAUUUGGUGGUGGUGGUCCACGUUUUCUUCAUAGUUCUUGGAAUGUGAUGAUAGUUUUUUGCAAGGUUUUGAUACUUGCUGAAAAUGAGCUAUGGACUUUAUUUCGUUAUUUGAAGGAAGAGGAAAUUCCAUCCAGUGUUG